CACACUAAGUUCGCGUGUGCUUCUCACGGCGGCGGCGGCGGCUGCCGCUACGUCUUCCGCUGGUCUCCCUCGCUCUCUUUGCCGGGCCGUGGACUGGAGUCGCAGCCUCAGCAUCAGGGGGCGGGAAUUUCCCAUAAUGCUCUAGGCGGGCGGCCCGGGGGAUGAGCGGGCAUUGCGUCUGAGAAUGACCCCAGCGCAGGACUAGGCCCCUACAUCAUAAAAGUGGGGCGGAAAGUGGGGGGGGGAGCAGCCGCCUCCGGGGGCCAUUUUUUGGGGGGGAGGGGUGUAGAUAGAAAACCCCCCUCGGUUUAAGGCUAGGCCUUCCUCUCAGCCCAACUGAGCCUGUGUGGAAGCGGGGCCGGGGGGGGGGCGGCUCUCGCCAUCAUCACCUGAACCACUAGCGAGAGGGAGGAGAAGGAAGAGGUUCGUCUUUUGGGUACCUGCGUGAGCGUGAGAUCUGGUGUUAAGCACUAUGCAUCGUGCCGCAAGAAACAGAGGCCUUCUUGAAGAGGUACCAGCCUUAUGCAAAUACAGUAGUUCAGGCCUCCGUUCCCAUAUCACAAUGAAGAGUGCCCGUGGUAGCAGCUCUUCUUUCCAGGGUGCCAGUGCCAAUGGUGUGGAUCUCAGUCUUACAGGGCUGCCCAUGCAAGUGCUUCAGCGCCCAAGCAGUGCCUCUCCAGGCAAGCACAUUGCUCGCUCCAUCUCCGUCAUUACUGAAAACAAGCCCAAGAGGAAUAUCCUAGAAGAUGCAGGGCUUGGCACCUCCAGAGCUAUGAACAAUUUACGAAGAUCCAAUAGCACGACUCAGGUUAACCAGCGUGUGAACGGUGCCUUUAGCAGUGUGGAGCAGCACGGAGACUUCCUGACUUUGUUUGAAAGUAGCUCAGGUGGAAGAAAGAAACUAGCAAGUCUGAGUAAAGUCUCCCCGGAAAAGAAAACAACAUGGAACAUCCUGGAUGAGCAGCCCAGAACAUUUCCUGUCCCAUCCAGCACUCAAGAGGCCCCUGCAGGCAUGAGGAAGAAAGAAAUCUAUGUGCCACUUGCAGCCAACUUCACUGCAAAUAACAGGAGUAACAAAGGUGCAAUGGGCAACUGUGUAACCACCAUGGUGCAUAAUAACUACUCCACUGCGGACAAGGCAGCUGCGCCCAAGAGCUCCAACCAGGCCACAACCUCCCUCAAUAACAUUAUCAAAGCCACUUCCAAUGAAGACACCGAGAGUAGCAGCUACAUGAAGUCCCAGAAAAACUUUUCCAGCAGCAAUAUCCUGGCUCGGAACAAUAAUAACAGCAGUAGCAGUAACCCCCUCAGGAGGCAGGAAGUAUCGGAGGAGGAGGCUGAGCGGUUCAUUAACCAGGUCAACUUGGCUGCUGUGAUGAUACAGCGCUGGUACAGACGACACUCUCAGAGGCACAAGGAAGGUGCAGCCCAGCUCAGGCGCUUACUAGCUUCCAAAAGAGAGGAAAGGCAGCAGCAACUCACAGAGGAGGGCAACAUGUUGGAUUUGCAGCGGAGGCGAGACGAGGAGAGGAAAAAGAUUCGAGAGGAGAAGGCACGUCUUGCCAGACGAGCAGCCAUUCAGGAGCUGCAGCAAAAAAGAGCCCAGAAAGUCUUGGAUACACAACGCUUGGUUGAGGAGGAGCUGGCAGCAAUGAAAGAGAGCAAGAAAACCAGAAGAAGAAAACCUGAGAAGGCUGGCUCUGUGAAGAACACUAGCCCUGCCAACAGCAUCAUCAAAGCCAACAAUGCAGAUGCCAACUUCCACUUUGCAGCUGCAGAUACAGAAGAACAUUCUGCUGGGGCUUGUCUGUCUGUCUCAGGACAAAACAAACUACCUGAAGAUCAGCCACAGGAUGUCAGCUCUGGAAAGAUGGGCAGUGAAGACUUGGAAACUAUUAUCACUGCAGCCAGCAGAGCACAGUCCAAAGUCACCCUUAAUGAGCUACUGGAUACCUUAAAGUUGUUGGAGGAGGAGCCAGAGUUGCCACCACAACCCAAGGCCUGCAAAGAAGAUAAAUAUGCUUGGGUAGAUGGGGAGGCUGACUCAAAUUCUCUCACUGCUGACAACCUGGAGAAGUUUGGGAAACUGAACUAUUCUCCGGGAGUCCCUGAGGAAGGCACGCUCCUCUCGGAAGCCAAACUUCAGAGCAUCAUUAGUUUCUUGGAUGAGAUGGAGAAAUCCGAGCAGGAGCGACCUAGGUCUGCUGCCUCUGCUUCCCAGCGAGAGGGGCUCUUGUCAGAAGAAGAGCUAGCUCACCUGGAGCAGGCAUCAGCAGUUGCCACAGAGGUUACCAGCUCCAUCAUGCGGCUGAAGCUGGAGGUAGAAGAGAAGAAGAGAGCCAUCACAUUGCUACAGACAGCACUGGCACAGCAACGGGAGCUGACUGUACGUCAUGUCAAAGGGACAGAGAAAGAGCUGAGCCGCCAGCUGGCACUACAAAGGGAGCAGUAUGAAGCAGCUAUCCAACGGCACCUAGCCUUCAUCGACCAGCUGAUUGAAGAUAAGAAGACUCUGAGCGAGAAAUGUGAAGCGGUGGUGACUGAACUGAAACAAGUGGAUCAGAAAUACACGAAGAAAAUUGCCCAGAUGCAGGAGCAGCAUGAGCUGGUUUGGCGCACUCUGGGCCCCCUCUGUGAGGAAAUAAAGAAGCUGAAGGAACUCAUGAGUGCCACAGAAAAGAUCCGCCGGGAGAAAUGGAUUGAUGAGAAAACCAAGAAGAUCAAAGAGAUCACUGUUAAAGGUCUGGAGCCUGAGAUUCAGAAGCUUAUUGCUAAGCACAAGCUAGAGAUCAAAAAGCUGAAAACGCUGCAUGAAGCAGAGCUGCUACAAUCCGAUGAGCGGGCAGCCCAGCGCUACGUACGCCAGACGGAGGAGCUGAGGGAGAUGCUGGAGCAUGAGAAAGAAGAGCAGGGGCAACGAGAGAGAGAGCUGGCAAGGCAACGGCCAAACCAAGGAUACAGCACCCUUGGUAAGACCCUCUCUGAAAGAGUCCCUCCACACAGGUAUGAGAAACAACUGGAGCAGGAGGAACAGGCUCUGCAGCAACAGAGGCGCCGACUGUACAAUGAGGUGGCCGAGGAGAAAGAAAGGCUCAACCAGCAGGCGGCCAGGCAGAGGACUGAGUUGGAGGACCUGCGGCGGCAGCUGGAAGAGAACAGCUCUGUUGUUACCAAAGCUUUGAAGGAGGAAUAUAAGAAAGGGAAGGAGGAGCAGGAGCGACGCCAUCAGGCAGAGGUGCAGGCCUUGAAGGUGCAGCUGGAGAUGGAGAAGCAGGCCUGGGAGGCCAACUACCUGAAGAAGGAGGAGGCCUGGCUGCUCACUCGGGAGCGAGAGCUGAGGGAAGAAGUCCGGAAAGAAAGGGACAAGGAGAUUGAACUGGUCAUUCAGCGGCUAGAAGCUGACAUGUCCUCUGCUAAGGAAGAGUGUGAGAGAGCCACAGAGAACAGAAUAAAGAGAUUGCGGGACAAAUAUGAAGCAGAGCUGCAAGAAAUGGAACGCUCAGAACGUAAACUCCAGGAGCGCUGCAACGAGAUGAAGGGACGGCUCUCGGAGGCAGAAGGCGAGAAUUUUCACCUGCGAGGUCUGCUGCGGCAGAAGGAACAGGAGACAGAGGAUAUCCGAAAGGUAGCGGAUCAGCUAAGUCAGGAGCGCAGCAGCCUCUCUGAGGUCAUCCGGCAGGAAUUUGCAGAUCGGCUGGUGAGCACAGAGGAGGAGAACAAGCGGCUCAAGACAGAAAUGGCUGAGCUUCGUGCCCGGCAACGCUUGGAACUGGACAGAGUGAGGAGGGACAAAGAGGAGGAGCUGGAAGAAGUGCAUAAAAGAGUGAAGACAGCAAUUGUGAAGAAAGAGGAAGCAGUGAACAGCCUUCGAAAACUACACGAGGUGAGAGCUGCAAAGCUGCUUAUCCUUGUCACCAUUGAUGCAGAGAAUAAGACAAAAGCGGCCGUGAAGAGAGCAGACCACCUAGAAGCCCUUUUGGAGCAACAGCGUAAGCAGCUGCUAGCAGCCAAGUAGCAACUGCACUGGUACCAACAGCCCUGCAAGGGCAGAGCCAGUGAUCACGAACAGCAACAGAAAUGUGCCUGUCGUGGUCCACAAGAGACUUAAGAUAAAACGAACACUAAUCUGUAUGUGGGUGGGGGAGGGAUCACCUCUCCCUCUUUUUAAAAAAAAAAAUAUUUUUUUUAACCUGUUUCUUUACUUGUGCCUGAGAUAUGACCUCUGGGUGGUAUCCCAGUUCUUGCCAAUGUAUUUUAACAGUAAAUCCAGCUGAUUUGUAAGA